CAAAAUGAUCUUGUCCACCGCGCAUUAUCCUUAUCUAAUUUUGUACCAAUGAAUUAUAGAUACCAGCAAGUUAAUCAUUAAAAAUAUCUUAUCAAUUUGAAUACUUCAUAAGUUGUUGCCAUAGCCAUAGAUCUAGUAGAUUCAGUGAUUUUCGUACAUUGCUAACGUAAAGGAUGGGGUCUCCGUCAAUCAACGACGAGAAUGGUAAAGUCGAUAAGGCACCACCUUCGGUGCCGCCGCACCAGCCCAGCAACCAAGGAGUAGAUCAUGACACGCCGUCGUCGUUGGAUAGUGAUGAGCAUGGUUCUUCCGACGAUUUCGAUAGAUGGGUUUCGGAGUUGCAACGAAGGCAAGCGCAGUCUAUUGCGCUUGUCGGUUCUUUGCGGAAAGAACUAACGACCCCUUCAUCUCAACAAGAUGAUGCGCCUAGGCAAACAUCAUCAAAAACAACAAGUUAUCAUUGUCAUGGUGACUCAUCGUUAUCAUGGUAUCGAGCAGAAGCAGAAGCAAAAAAUCGACAUGGAGGUGUACAUAGAAAAGCGAAGGAGGAAUUCAUCAAUUUCCAUGACAAGAUGGAGAGAUCCUCGGAGUGUCUUGAUGUGGAGAGGCGCUCCAGUGUAGCUAUCCGCGUUUUUGAUACGGAUAUUUUGCAGGAACAAAAUGCCGAAAAAGAAUGUCAUGCUCCUCUAGAGGAAGAGCACCAAAAUGCUUGUUUCUCGCCAAGUAGCAGAAACUCAGGCGCGCGUACUGGUACAUCUGGAGGAGAAUCUGGUGACGACAGUCGUUUAUCUCCUGUAUCAUUUUCCGCAAUGGCUGGACGAGGCGUUGGUGCAGCUCACAUUGUCACCGCUGCGGGACAGUCGGUAUUGAAAUCCGCACACGCCUUGGCUAGAACAGGAACGGAACUGAGUCUCGUCGCAAACUCAGAUAUCGACCGCCUUCUCUCCGACAGCCGCCUUGGCCCCUUGUCCAACAGUGAUAGCGAACGCUCCUUACUUGAAGUCGUCGAUGAGGAUGCAAGCGCCAUUUUCAGCGAGUCUCCAGGAGCUGGACGCGGAGGUGGCAUAUUUUCUAUUGAAAAUAAUCCAAAACUGACAGCCAGCACAAAAACCGAGGAGCAGGACAAGAGUAAGAAAGACGCUACGACGACUGAGGUAUCGUCCAUACUCAACGCUGGGUUCCUGUUAGACGCAGAAGUCGAUGAAAAUGAUGAAAUUUCUGAGGCUCCUCCAGGUGCAGUUGCAGUGAGCAAAAGCCUAUUGCUUCUGCCCGAAGUGGACUAUGAUUUUGAAGACGGGGAGGACAGUGAUCCACACGAUGGAGAACAACACAUCAAAGCGCGGGAAAAGGACACUGCCGAAAUGAAGACAUCACUAGUUUCAGACGUUUCAUCGGGAUGCAACACUGAUAAAAGGACAGGGACAACUUCGAAGUUGCAAGCAGACGAGAACAAUCACCACGCACACUCUGUGAGUAACGGACUACACGGAGCAGCGGUACUAAAUCCAGGUCCUCUACUAGCAUCUGCCGUCUCGGCUUGUGGUGCAGCAGGCCAGUAUGCAACGAGUGUAUCCCCAUCCGUGCUGAAUGGUGGCAGCGUCGUACUCUCUAGAUUAUCAGAUUUGGGGCGGCGCUUCGUGGCGCAUCGACCUAAUAUGCCACCGAAGCGCAAUGGAAGUCGCGGUCGUGCCUCUGCGGUGUCUAGAGUGGUGGGCGUGACAUCUUCGAAUGGAGGACCACGACGUUCGAGUGGUAAUAACCUGCGCAACGCAGCUAUUCGUGUCAAUAAACGGCGGCCCGCACCUCACAAAUCAUCGAGCACUGGUGGUGGUGUAGCGAGCAAAAGUAACUGCGCAACCCAUUUCGUAUCACUAGCUCUCAGCAAGGGGCCGAUCUUCAUCGAUGUCGGUAGAAAUCGCGAAGGUUGUAGCGCGGCUUCUUCAGGCGACCAUGGAACUUCAAUGUCAUUUUCUAGCAUUGAAGCUCCCGAAGUGAUUGGCGAAGAUCAUCUCCAGACUAAAAGUGUUGCAGCCCGCACGACAUCUGCUUUUGCACUUUCAGUUGUAGCGGACUCGUUCUCGGCCUCCGCUCCUAUUGCUGCACCAUCGUUAUUGCCAGACAAAUGCGUGCAUGGCGAUUUACUUGCCAACCUGCGGAAGAAGGCAAGUCAGCCUGUACGCCUGCAACAGAGUCGGUCCUCGAGACAGCCAGUUGAUUCCAGGGCCAGUGCGGUUGGCGAGGCCUUGCGCGCUUCGGCAGUGCUGGACUUCGAUUGGGGUGAUAAUUCCGAGAAGCUGAGCGAACCAAAUGCACCUCGUCAAGAGAAUCAAAGCGAAGAAGAAGAAGGACCACUUGCAACCAAGGAUGGCGAUGGACAAAAUGUUGCAUCAAGCUCAACAGUGCUAGUCGAUGCCACAGCAGAAGACGUUGUGGCGGAGAAUAAGGUUGACGGGAUGGGAAACGUAGUUGCAGCAUUGUCUACUUCAAAGAGUGAACAGUCAUGUGAGGAUGCGCCACCAGUUAGCUGUGAAAAGCUGAUUGAUCCGGUUUCUGAAUCGGAAAAUCGCAACGGCUCGCAGCGAUCAGCUGCCGCGACGCCCAAUUCAGCCGGGCAGGGCUUUGCGGAAAUGCUCGUGCCUUCGAAGGUGAACGGAGAUGAGCGGAAUGAUGUCAAACUCAAAUGGUCCUUUUUGACGCCGGAGGUGGGGGAGGACUCUUCGAAUUUCUGCAGGAAAUUGUUCUCCGCGAGCGCCGUUCGUCCUACUUCUGACCCCUUGCAAGCGCCAGAUCACGCGAUCGCCUCGCCUCUUCCCGGACAGGCUCCCACUCCAGGUGUGAGGAAUAAGCGCUACUUGGCGGUUGUCAUGUCAGGACGCUCUAGACCCAUGUACUCUUCAAGGCCGA